AUCAGAAUGUACGCUGCGUAUGUACAUCUUUUGAAUUAAACCCAGAAAAACAAGCUCAAACACGACUUGAACUUAAAUUUCAAUUUCCAAGAAUAUGAAAAGGGGAAAAUGGCAAAAUGCUUGGGAAGAGAGUCUCGAAAUAAAUCACCGUUCCGCCCAAAGCUUUGACUGCAUUUACAGAUACAUCGUGCAAAUCCAAUGACUGAAGAAUUGGACGGUGUGGGAAAUAAGGACCGCUGGCACUGAGCUUUCGAGGCAACAGGAGGGAGGGGGUGAUAUGUAGCAGCCUCCCGGUUGGCGGGGUCUCGCGCACACAGCAGCAGCAGCAGCAUCACUUCGAGGCACAGCAGCGUUGUCGGCGGCGGCGGCUCAGACGUUCUCUUUGGAAUAGCAGCAAGGUUCCGUCAUCACCUGUAGCUGCUUCCCGGCACACAUGCGCAUGCGCGCACGGACGCUCGCUCCCCGCACAGAAAGGAUGGCAAGCGGCGCCGAGCGACAGCCGCGGCCCAGUCGCCAGCACCGUCGCAGCGAAGGCGGCGCGGCCCGGACCAGCUGAUCCCGCGGAAAGCCAGGGCGGCAGAGACGCCGCCGGGAGGACGGAAGGACACACGGACGGAGCCGCGCACGAGGGACCGCGCCGGAGGCUUUUCGGCCUUCCCGCAAACAGAGCGUCCCAAUGAAUCCCAUGACUCAGCUCUACUACAAGAAGGCCACGUACUCGCCGUACCGUGACCGCAUCCCGCUGCAAAUCGUGCGGGCCGAGGUGGAGUUGUCGGCGGAGGAACGCGCCUACCUCACGGCGGUGGAGAAGGGAGACUACGCUGGUGUCAAACAUGCGCUCCGCGAGGCGGAGGUCUAUUACAACAUGGAUGUCAACUGCCUGGACCCCCUCGGCCGUAGCGCGCUGCUCAUCGCCAUCGAGAACGAGAAUUUGGAGAUUAUGGAGCUCCUGCUAGACCACGGCAUUCACACGGGCGACGCCCUGCUUUACGCCAUCAGGAAGGAGGUGGUGGGCGCCGUGGAGCUGCUGCUGUCGCACCGGCGCCCUAGCGGUGAAAAACAGGUUCCCUCGCUGAUGAUGGACAGCCAGUUUUCAGAGUUCACCCCCGACAUAACUCCCAUCAUGCUCGCCGCUCACACCAACAACUACGAGAUCAUCAAGCUCCUGGUGCAGAGGAAGGUCACCAUUCCUAGGCCGCACCAGAUUCGAUGCGACUGCGUGGAGUGCGUCUCCAGUUCAGAGGUGGACAGCCUGCGGCACUCGCGCUCUCGACUGAACAUCUACAAGGCCUUGGCGUCGCCCUCGCUCAUCGCUCUGUCCAGUGAGGAUCCGAUUCUGACUGCCUUCAGACUGGGCUGGGAACUAAAAGAACUCAGCAAGGUGGAAAACGAGUUCCGUCAGGAGUAUGAGGAACUGUCGCAGCAGUGCAAACGUUUUGCCAAAGAUCUUCUGGACCAAGCCAGGAGUUCCAGAGAGCUGGAGACCAUUCUGAACCACCGCGACAACGACCAGAGCGAGGAGCUGGACCCCCGGGAGUGCCAUGACCUGGCCAAACUCAAAUUGGCCAUCAAAUACCACCAAAAAGAGUUCGUGGCCCAGCCGAACUGCCAGCAGCUGUUGGCCACCCUGUGGUACGACGGCUUCCCGGGCUGGCGGCGCCGCCACUGGGUUGUCAAGCUGGUCACCUGCUUCAUCAUCGGACUCCUGUUUCCAGUCUUCUCGUUGAUCUACCUGCUGGCUCCCAAAGGUGCACUGGGUAGAUUCAUCAAGAAGCCCUUCAUCAAGUUCAUCUGUCACACGGCGUCCUACCUGACCUUCCUCUUCCUGCUCUUGCUGGCCUCGCAGCACAUCGCCCGCACCAAUCUGCACAUGCAGGGGCCGCCGCCCACCAUCGUGGAGUGGAUGAUUUUGCCGUGGGUGCUGGGAUUCAUCUGGGCAGAGAUAAAGGAAAUGUGGGAUGGGGGCUUCACAGAGUACAUCCACGACUGGUGGAACCUGAUGGACUUUGCCAUGAACUCCCUCUACCUGGCCACCAUAUCACUGAAGAUAGUGGCCUAUGUUAAGUACAAUUCGUCUCGGCCCAGGGAGGAGUGGGAGAUGUGGCACCCGACGCUAAUAGCCGAGGCUCUGUUCGCCAUCGCCAACAUCUUCAGUUCGCUGCGACUCAUCUCGCUCUUCACUGCCAACUCGCACCUCGGGCCCUUGCAGAUCUCAUUGGGGAGGAUGCUCCUCGACAUCCUCAAGUUCCUCUUCAUCUACUGCCUGGUGCUGCUGGCGUUCGCCAAUGGCCUCAACCAGCUGUACUUCUACUACGAGACGACGGCCUCAGAAGAGCCCAACAAUUGCAAAGGCAUCCGCUGUGAAAGGCAGAACAACGCAUUUUCGACGCUCUUUGAGACUCUGCAGUCACUCUUCUGGUCGAUAUUUGGUCUGCUCAACCUCUACGUCACCAACGUAAAGGCUCGCCAUGAGUUCACAGAAUUCGUGGGAGCCACCAUGUUUGGAACAUACAACGUGAUCUCGCUUGUGGUGCUCCUCAACAUGCUCAUCGCCAUGAUGAACAACUCGUACCAGCUCAUUGCUGACCACGCCGACAUCGAGUGGAAGUUUGCUCGCACCAAGCUGUGGAUGAGCUACUUUGACGAGGGAGGAACACUUCCACCUCCUUUCAACAUCGUUCCCAGCCCCAAAUCUAUCUGGUACCUGCUCAUGUGGCUCCACAACAAGCUGUGUGGCCGAGGACAGCCGCCCGGGGAGGACCCACACAAGUGUGAGAACCUGCGAGAGUUCACGGCAUGUUCUCUUCUUCUGAAGUCAGCAGAGUUAUAUAAGCCAAGCAGCCCACAUAAGUUCACAGAGCACUGCAGAGAUCUGAUUGAGCGUCAUGCAGACAGUCUGAUACAGAAUCAGCAUUACCAGGAAGUGAUACGGAACCUAGUGAAGAGGUAUGUUGCCGCCAUGAUCCGUAGCGCCAAGACGGACGAGGGGCUGACGGAGGAGAACUUUAAGGAGCUGAAGCAGGACAUCUCCAGUUUCCGCUAUGAGGUCCUGGACCUCCUGGGCAACCGGCGUCCACCUCGUCGACAUUACUCAUCGUCCAGCGACAUGGCGCGAGAUGACGGAGGGGUAGCCUCGGAGGAUGACAGCGAGCCGGGCGACACUGUCCAGAGGUCAAAGGGCGUGACCUUCACUGUGCCAUUGGAGGUGGACAACAGUCAGCCAGCACCCACGCUUGGCGUCUCUGCCUUGGUGCGCUCCAUUUCCGGGCUGAAGCAGGCAAAGCAGGAGGGCGAGCCGGGCGAAGAACAAGGUGUGGGCUGGGGGGAAGAGGGGGAAGAGAAACCAAAGAGCAAUGGGCUGAAGACAGCAACACUCCCACCUUCUGCAACGAGCGCGCUGCCCUCAUCCUCUCAGUCUUCUUCGUCGUUCUCCUCCUCGCUCUCCACCUCGCUAGCUCGCACCAAAAGCCGCCUGCAGCGUCUGUCGGCGCCGACGGCCAAGACUGACUCUUUCAAGCGCCUCUCCUUCCUCUUCUCCCGCUCCAAACGCUCACCCCAGCCCCUCCAAUCCCCUCCUUCGUACACCAUUUCCGAUGGGCUGCUUCUCCCGCAGGGUGGUCCUUCGGACUUGGGACUGGGCCGUGUGACCAGAAGCGAGACCCGCCUAAAUGAGGUGGGCCUCUCGCUGGACACCAACAGCUCCUCAUUCUCGCCACGGAGAACAAACGGACGAGACACGCUCCUGAUGCUGCCCCCCCCUCCACCUUGUCCUUGCCAGUCACUGCACUGCGCAUCCAACAUGUCCGAGUCCAGUGCACGGCUCCUCGAUUCCAGCGAGGACCUUUUCCAAGGCGGCGGCAUGGAGGCAGCGGGUAGCGGUGGGGUGGCGAUGGUAAUGGGUGGUUGGGUUGGACCCUGUGAUGAUGUCAUCGAAGACAGCUGCGAGGUCAUUGAGGACUCGGUCAGCACACAACUAUAGAACUACAUUGAGCCAGCCUGACUUUUUGGUGUCUUCAACACGUUGCACAGGGAUGAAGUCCAACACGUGAGACUGGAUUUACACUGCGGGUCUCAGUGCCCAGUUUCUAUUUAAUGCCCAGAUCCCCUCUUUCUAUUUACCAGUGACACACAUCCUAUAUCACUGUGUUUAGAUAUACUGAACUCAUGAAACAAUCCGCAUGCGCACUCUUGACUAGCACGUUCAAACCUACACUAGCGCCAAUGUCACACCUCAUAUGUACAGGACAUAUUUACACCAUAUUCCAUGUUCUAUACAGCUUUAAUGUAAACCAUAUUUAAUCUAUUCUUUUGCUGUUGUUUACAGCAGGGUUUUUUUUUUUGGGGGGGGGGACUUCGAGGAUGUUGGAUCCAAUCUUUCGCUGCACAUCACAAAACCUGAUUUGGAUCUGAUGCCAAGCAUUUUUUUUUUUUUUCCAGCCUUUCACUGAAUUGGCUCUUAUUUGAAUUGUCCCAUUCGGAAGCCAAUUCUCAAUUUUGCCGCUUGUACAGGGUCAUGUAAAUCCAGCCUUUGUGAUUAGCCGCCAUUUUGCUGUGGGGGGGAGGGAAAAAAAAAAAAAACGUGCCACUGACUUCAUCUGUACCGUCAUCCGUAUCAGCCAGGUAAUCCCCAAAUUGCCUGUUGGAGGGCUGGCGUUCCAUAAAAACAUGGCAGUGAGUACUUCUGGCAUGCAGUCCAGUGUUUCUGGGUUCAAGCCUUGGUUUUGGUGACCUUAGGGGAGUUUGCAUGUUCUUCCACCAUCACCACACGGGUGCGCGUGCUUGCAAAAAGGCAUUCAAUCAUCAGCGAGUGAGCCAAUCCCCAUUGUUUGGUUUUGGCUUCAUCUCAUUUCACUUGGCAAUGAUGCCACAUCAUACAAGUGGAACAGCUUUUUUUCGGAAUGUGUGCCAUAGCAUAAAACGAUAAAUCACAAAGUGCACAAAAUUCACGUGAAAGAGGAUGGAAAAGGAAGGACAAGGACGAGGCCGUUUUUCCCUUUAACCAGUUCAUCGGCCUUUUAACACCACCGCAGUACAAUAAUCGGGACUGUUGAGAAGGGAACCUGAAGCGCCGGGACUGAAAGGACCAACGACCCUGCCGGCCCCACUCAACACUGCUGUGAUAAACCGCACCGCCUCGGCAUCCAUCAGGGCCAAAGAACCACACUCUAACCCAAUCACUCUUAUACUCGGAGUAAUAAUAAGGACAAUUCUGGUUUGUGUUCGCAUUGUUUUGAUUCGCCUCCAAGAUUGCGGCUCCUCUUUCAGUUCUUCCCGACUUUGUCCUACUUGAAGCUGCUCAAUAAACUGACCUUGUUGGACUUGGACAGGAAGUGGCGGCAUGGCAGUCUUGAGUGUGGAUAUGGAGCUGGUGGGAACUUUUGGUAGUUACUUUUUUCAUACCACCGGAUUACAAACAUCCAAAAUCCAUUAGGAUCACGUUAAUUAUAUUUCAACGUUUCCAGCAGUCCAGCAGCAGGGGCAGACAAAGUUACACAUGCACACAUGGAAGUCGCUUCCAUCACAAACAUUUGAGCGUCACGGGGUCUAAGGAUUACAUCGGCUUUAGCAAGGCUUUUAGAGACAAACUCAGUUUUGCAAUACAAGCCGUAGUCAGCUGAUUUCUUUUUUUACUUGGCAGCGGGGGGUUUUACAAGCGUUGCGUGGUGGCAGUGUACUUGACUCACUUAAGUGGCAAGAGGCUGGCAUAAAGUUCUUCUUCAAAAAAAAAAAAAAAAAAAAAUUUAUUGCCACUCCCGGUUGAAGUUUUUUGUCAAAAUCAAAACAGAAUCUCAUGUUUUGCAUUUCAAUAGCCAGAAAACUUUGCCUUAAAGUCUGCUAGUGUAAUGCUAACAGAUCAUGGGAAACGCCACAGAGGGGCUAACACACCACAUCUGCGUGGCGGUGUCAUAACGCUUUGAAGUGAACGUAUAACAGAUGGUGCAGAAACAGACAAUAUUAUUACUAUAGCUUACAGAGUCAUUCACAGGAGGUGUGAAACUCUUGUUUGUCUACAUGACUAUAUUCCACUGCCCCUUGUGGCCAACUCACACACCUCAGAAGGAACUGCAAUUACUUCAUGUUGUGACUUCAUUCAGUCAUUGUGACUUAAUGUUUUUACUUUUUUUUUUUAAAGAGCAAUAUUAGAGCGCAUAUUCGGGUGGCUGGAACGAAUUAAUGGCCUUUCCAUUCAUUCCAGCAGGAAGAGAGGAUUUGAGAUAUGCAUAUUGAUAGUUAUGAGCAUGGUCACGGAACAAAUUCAACUUGUAUCUCAAGGCGCCACUCUUGCAAUAAUCACAAGGAUACUUUUUGAGCAUAUUACAGUGUUCCCCCGCAUAUUUGCAUUACUGGCUCACCCAUGUGGUGCCUCUCUGCACUGCUAUGGCGACCAGCUGAGUUGUCGGCGCCGCCGUGCAACCGGCAGGGAGACUCACGGCAUGGAUUCGGUUUGAAGAUCAAUUACACCUUGACGAUCGCCAUAACGACCGUGGGCUGACGUCACGUCUCUCCCCCUUCUAAUACGCUUCUUGAAGAGUAUUGAUCAUUGCAGAAGCUCCUCUGAUUGAUGAGCUCACACGCAAAGUUGAGAAUCAAUCAUUCUGAGGGAUCAAUAUCAGUAAUGGCUGUGUCAUUCCCUCGUGUGCCGUCUUGAGAAGCAAAUGAGAUGACACGCACGCACUCAUUUAGACAACAGUGCCUCUGGAGGGAGAGGUCUAAUCAUGUUUUAUUCACACAAAUGCACAUGCCCACUAUCUCUCUCUCUCUCUCUCUCUCUCUCUCUCUCAUUCACACACUCCAGGUACCCAUCUUCACGCCCCCAGCUUUAAAACAGAGAAAACCCCCCCCAAAAAAAAAAAAAAUUUUCCCAUGUGAACGAAUGUAUGAUUGUUAUUUUUCUAGAACCAGAUAGCUGGCGCACGUUGUUGACUUUAAUAAAAGGCAUCCUUACAAAAUUGUUUGUCUCCCCCACCCCGACUAUGUCACACCAGUGGGAAACCGUCUCCAUUGCAAGUAGACUUAUGGCAUGGGCAAUAAAAUGUCCAUUAUAAACACCAAGAAUGACACCUCAUGUACUAAAAAACAAUUAGGUAGGCCUGUCAGACUGCUAGCCUAAUGCUAACAGUGAUAACCCUAUAAAAGCACCCAUGAUGCAGUGCUUUCCACACUUUAAGCAACGGAUUGAACACAAAUGUGACAGCAACACGGAGACAGAUAUUACUUCAUCAUAUAGUCUUUAUCCUUUGCAGGUGACCCCUCAACAUUGUCUUCCACUGGCCUUACACGGCCAAAGUGGGCACACCAGAAUGA